AUGGAGCGAUGCGAUCUUCUCAAACUGAUUGCUAGUAAAAGUGAAGCAAUAAAGUUUAUUCCGAAUAGCAAUGCAGUCAGUUCUAUUUGGGGAAACUUUGUGCUGGUAAAUGUGGAAGAUGUUUACAGCAACUUUAUUGAAUGCAUUAACUGCAAAGUUUUAUUGAAGUGGAAGAAGAGAGAUGGAACCAGCGGACUUAUGAACCACACAAAGGCCUGCCCGAAAAUAAACGCCAAAAUUGGUAUUUUUGUUGCCGCGGGAAUGGGAUGGGAAGCUUAUGGUGCGGGAAUGGGAUGGGAAGCUUAUGGUGCAGGAAGGGAAGGGAAUGGGAACAAAGUCAUGAGGGCUACGAAGAUGAAAAGGGAUAUGCUCGCAUCUCUGCCGAGGCUAGUCACCAAUCUCACGGCAGCAUUCUCAAUCAACUGCAACCUGUACAACAGAAAUGUUCAAACCGCCAGACAUCACAACGAUACUAACACAUUUCAGCCAGCAACACUCAAUUCCUGA